GGCACUAAGGCCAGCCGCUGCCAAAUCCGAAGCCUCAGCGGAAGCAGCGGAGCGGCAGAGCAGCUGACUGCCGCAAAAGCCAUAAUAAUCGGGCGGUAAACACUUGACAACGCUCAAACGCCGUGCGACAGUCGGCGCGUUAAGUUGCAGUCGCCAUCACGGAUAUAAGUCAGCAGAGUUUCGAUCAUCCGGCGCUCUCCGCGAAAUACAAAAGUGUAUAUAAAAACAAACUCGAAACCGAAUCCGAAAAAUACCCAAAACAAACCCGACGCAUUCAGAAUUUUCGGACAUUCGCCGUUGAGGGUUUAGCGCAUUCGGACGUGGAGGAAACAUAAUAGCGUCCUUCCGAUUCGCGGUCCUUGUGAUAUCAUCAUUAUAGAGCCAACCCACCCACUUAUCCUGCUGUGUGUGUGAAAUGCAAAUGUGCCCAGUUCGCUAACUCUUCCCUGAGGUGCCAUUCGUGCAAUCGAUAAGAAGUAUUCCGUGAACAGUCAAGUGCAGGGAGUUCAGUUCCCCGGCCACACGAUGGCCGACCGAUUCCAGAUCUCAAAGGUUAACGGCACCGCAAAUGCCGCCUACGACGGGGAGUCCGGAUCGGCAGCCGCCGAUCAUCCGGAGGCAGCCCAUCCGCCGUCCAGCAACGACAACCACCUGCAGCCCAAGGCUCCGGGGGAGAGCGGCGAGAAUCGCCGGAGUUCGCGGCUGUCCUUCCGGGGAUUCGGACACUUCCUGCGGAAGUCGGACGCGGAGCGCAAAUUCAGUCUCGCCCAGCUUACAAAGGAGAGCCUGCCGCGCCUGGACAACUACCGCAUCUCCAUGCGCAACCUGAAGCGUCCUUCCAUCGGAGAACUGCAGGGAGAGGCGGUCGAUCAGAGCAUAACUAUUCCCGAACCCGAACCGGAAGCCACUGGCGGACACAUCAAGCUGGGAUGGAUUGUCGGCGUCCUGAUACCAUGUCUCCUGAACAUCUGGGGCGUCAUGCUCUUCCUGCGCCUCAGCUGGGUGGUGGCCGAGUCCGGCAUCCUGCAGUCGCUGGUCAUCAUUACGAUCUCCGCGGUGGUCUGCGUCAUCACGACGCUCUCCCUGUCGGCCAUUAGCACCAACGGGGAGGUGAAGGGCGGCGGGGUCUACUUCAUCAUCUCCCGCUCGCUGGGCCCCGAGUUUGGGGCGUCGGUGGGCGUGGUCUUCGCGUUCGCCAACGCAGUUUCGGCCUCAAUGAACACCAUCGGCUUCUGCGAAUCGCUGAAUGUUCUACUGAAGAACAACGACCUGAAGAUCAUCGACAACGGCAUCAACGACAUCCGGAUCGUGGGAUCGGUGACUGUGCUGGUGCUCAUCCUGAUCUGCUGCGUGGGCAUGGAGUGGGAGACGAAGGCCCAGAACUUCCUCAUCGUCACCAUUGUCCUGGCCAUCUUCAACUUCCUGAUCGGAGCUGCCAUCGGACCGCAGGGCAACGAGGAGCAUAUCUCCAGGGGCUUCGUGGGCUUCUCAUGGGACACGUUCAAGCAGAACUUCGGAUCGGACUAUCGGUACGCGGAGGGCGUGAACCACGACUUCUUCAGCGUGUUCGCCAUCUUCUUCCCCAGCGUCACGGGCAUCCAAGCGGGAGCGAACAUCUGCGGCGACCUCAAAGAUGCCGGAGCGGCCAUUCCGAAGGGCACCUUCUGGUCGCUGCUCAUCUCGAUGACGUCCUACGCCCUCUUCGUUCUCUUCGCCGGUGGAGCGGCUGUGCGGGACGCCUCCGGCAACCCGGCCGACCUAGUCAACGGCACCAUCGUCGCCUCGCAGCUGCCCUGCAUGGCCGACAAUAGCUGCACGUGGGGCCUGUUCAACUCCUACGAGAUGAUGCAGGAGAUGUCGCUCUGGGGCCCGCUCAUCUACGCCGGCUGCUUCGCCGCCACGCUGAGCACGGCGCUGACCAACCUGCUCUCCGUGCCCCGACUGGUCCAGGCGCUGGGCAUCGAUCAGAUCUACCCGGGACUGAUCUUCUUCUCGAAGCCGUAUGGAAAGCACGGCGAGCCGUACCGCGGCUACGUGCUCACCUUCCUCAUCACCACGGGCUUCCUGCUCAUCGGAGAGCUCAACCUGAUCGCCCCGCUGAUCUCCACCUUCUAUUUGGCCUCGUACGCCCUCAUCAACUUCUGCACCUUCCACGCGGCCUUCGUGAAGCCGCUGGGCUGGCGGCCCACCUUCAAGUACUACAACGCCUGGCUGAGCCUCUUCGGGUUCGCCAUGUGCGUGGCCAUCAUGUUCCUCAUCAACUACGUGGCCGCCAUCAUCACCUUUGGCAUCAUCUUCGCGCUCUACCUGGUGGUCAUGUACCGCAAGCCGGAGGCCAACUGGGGCUCCACCACGCAGGCGCAGCAGUACAAGGCCGCCCUGAUGGCCGUCCACCGGCUGCAGAACGUCUCCGAUCACGUCAAGAACUACCACCCCCAGGUGCUGGUCCUCUCCGGCGACCCGAAGACCAGGCCGCCACUGGUGGACUUUGGCUACCUCCUGACCAAGAACAACUCGCUCAUGUUCGUGGCCAAUAUUAUUCCGGUACGCGUGGGCUACAAGAACCGACAGCACCUGGUGAAGGAUGGACAAAAGUACCUGGAUGCACGCAAGAUCAAGGCGUUCUACAACGUGAUCGAUGGGUUCAGCCUGGAGGACGGGAUCAACGCGCUGACCAAGUCCACGGGCUUCGGCAAGAUGUCCCCGAACAUUGUGCUGGUGGGCUACAAGCCAGACUGGAACCGCUGUCGCAAGGAGGAGGUGGAGAGUUACUUCUCCAUUCUGUACAACGCCUUCUCGCAGCGCAUGGGCGUCGCUCUGCUCCGCUUGACCAACGGACUGGACUUCUCGGAGCUGAGUUCCGAGGUCACCUUGCCGGCCAACGGAAUGGGCCACAUGCACACCGCCAACGCCCAGGGAUUCACCAACGAGCUGAUGCCGGCGGCCAAUGCCGCCUCCGAACUGCUGCACAUUGACUCCAACCUGAACCUGGCCGGAAUGGACAGCCCCAACUCCUCGUUCACCAUGCCCCAGCCGGCCCCGAUGCCCAACAUGCAGCGCAGCUCCCGCAGCUACAAGGUAAACAACUCCGACGAGCCGGCCGUGACGUACCACACCAAGGGGGGAUCGGACAUCCCGCAGAACCUCCUGGACGCCAUGACCAUAUUCACGCGCAAGCAGCCCAAGGGAACCAUCGACGUCUUCUGGCUGUACGACGACGGAGGUCUCACCAUUCUCUUGCCGUACAUCAUCUCCAUGCGUUCCCACUGGCAGAACUGCAAGCUGAGGGUGUUCGCCAUGUGCCACGGCAAGGAUGAGGAGCAGGAGGAGAAGAGCAUGGCCAGCCUGCUGACCAAGUUCCGCAUAAAGUACUCGGAACUCAUCAUGCUGAAGGGCGUGUCCGAGCAGCCCCGUGCUGACACUCUAAUGAAGCACAAGCGGCUGAUCGAGCCCUUCCGCCGCGGAGCCCGCAACGAGUUCGGCAUCACGGACGAGGAGCUGCAGAGCAUGUCCGAGAAGACGAAUCGGCAGCUGCGCAUCCACGAGCUGGUGGUGAAGCACUCGGCAAACGCCUCUCUGGUGGUCAUGUCCCUGCCAAUGCCGCGCAAGGAGGCCAUCUCGGCGCCGCUGUACAUGUCCUGGCUGGAGAUGCUCACGUCGGACAUGAAGUGUCCGGUGGCCUUGGCGCGAGGCAACCAGACGCCCGUGCUGACGCUCUACUCCUAGACUAGGCCCUCGCUUCCAGUUCGAGUACAACUUAGUAUUAUUAGCGUUUAGGUGUUCCGCCCAGUUCCCCGUAGAAAGGAGCUCAUCUCUGGAACUCCUGAGCCCAGCCUCCAGUUCCAAGAGACUCACCUACCUACUUACUCUUUUAUAUGAACGAACUCCUAAACGCUAGACAAUAGUCCCUAGAAAAGUUUGUGUGAAAUAUUUGCUAUCCGUCUCCAAAACGGAUCAAGAUCGACAAGAUGGUAAUAUCUGUUUCACAUGUAAUAGCUUUAAGUUAAUUACGAACUAUCCUGAAUAAACAAAAACAAUUAAAGUACACUAA